UUCCCUCCCCGUUCUCAUAAGUUUUUAAUAGUUCUUUCACAAACUCAAAAACCAAUCUAUCACAAUAUCUUAUCUUAAUCAAUCCAUGGCAUCAGGGGGAACAGAAGCUUUUCCAGAUUUGGGUAAACACUGCCAACACCAUGAUUGCCACCAGCUCGAUUUCCUUCCUUUCACAUGUGACGCCUGCAAGCAGGUAUUUUGUGUGGAACAUAGAUCCUACAAGUCUCAUGCAUGCCCAAAACCUGACCACAACAGCAGGAAAGUUGUUGUCUGCGAAACAUGUUCCAUGUCCAUUGAGACCACAGGCCAAGUGGGACAAGAGGAGGAGGAGGCACUUUUGAAGAGGCACCUCAAGUCUGGGAACUGUGAUCCCAACAAGAAGAAGAAACCCAUCUGCCCUGUGAAGCGCUGCAAGGAGGUUUUGACAUUUUCUAAUGCCAGCACCUGUAAAACUUGCCAGGUGAAGGUGUGCCUCAAGCACCGUUUCCCUGCUGAUCAUGCUUGUGGCAGGGUAGCUUCAGCUUCCAUAUCAUCUUCUGCUGCUGUUAAUGGAGGGUGGAAUAAUAGGUUCUUGGAUGCUCUUGCCUCAAGGAUUAAAGGACAAGCCUGCACCAAGAGUGCUGAACGUCGUUCUACUUCUCCACCUAGUACUCCUUCUGUUAAGGCUUAUUGAUUCAUACUAAUGUGUAAAAACCAUGUGAUUCUUGAGUAUGUUGAUUUCAAGUGCAAUUUGAAUGUUACAUUUUACAUUACAUCCAGAAUGCCAUUGUACUGGGAUUUGCUUUGGAGUAGCUGUCAAUGUUCCCAUUCCCAUACAAAGUAAACGCAUCAAUAGAUUAUAUCUUUGUUCAUAGAUACAAUCCCUGAAAUACAAUGUACUACAUCUUUUGUUUUCUGGUUUCA